AGAACACAAACCCCACUUGAUCCCUUUCCCUAUAAAAAGCAAACCCUUUGCUUAUUCUCAAAUCAAAAUUCUUUCUCAAAUCAAUUCGAAAAUUUCGAUGUGUUUGAUAAUGGAAGCGGCGGAUGAUGAUAACAACGGUGGUGUUUUAGUUGCGCCGUCGAAUUUCUCGAUGGUUGAAGACGGGAUUUACCGAUCUGGUUUUCCUAAACCGGAGAAUUUCGGUUUUCUCUCAACCCUUAAUCUUCGUUCCAUCAUAUAUCUUUGUCCUGAACCAUACCCGGAGGAGAAUCUCAAGUUUCUUGAAGCCAACAACAUUAAGCUUUUCCAAUUUGGAAUCGAAGGCAAAACGGAUCCUCCAACUCCUAUGCCAAAAGAUACAGUUUUGGAUGCUCUCAGAGUCUUAGUUGAUGUAAGAAACCAUCCAAUUCUCAUACACUGCAAAGCUGGAAAGCACAGGACAGGUUGUUUGGUCGGAUGCUUAAGAAAAGUUCAGAGCUGGUGCUUGUCAUCUGUGCUCGAGGAAUACCAGAAGAAUGCUGGUGUGAAGUGGAGACAAAGGGAUUUGAAUUUCAUUGAGGCGUUUGAUACCGCGAGUUUGAGGCAGUGUCUCUUGAGCAUUAUGUAUCGUUAUCACGGCUAUGGUUUCAAGAGGAAAAGAUUGGUCCAUGAAGAAGAAAACGUACAGUCGCCGAAACCGCAGGCUGCUAAAGUUUGAAGAAAAAACGAGAGCUAACCAGUGGGAUAUGGUUCUUUGGUUUUUUAAUUUGAGGUUCCAUUGAUCUGUCACUGGAUAUGAUUCUUUCUAGAAGGAUAUAAGUUGAAGAUUCAUAAACAGAAGUUUCAUUUGGGUUGGUUUUUAGCAAUAGUAAGUGUAUAGAAAGGUUACUAUUUCAUCAGACAUUAAAUGCAUGAGAGGUCAAUUAACUCAAUGACCACUAAUGCUUCUUAAGUUGCUUUUAUAUUUAUCUCUUAAUGUGGUUUAUGCUUAGAUUAUUCAAAGACACUCUCUUUCAAUUAAUA